AUGUCUUCGACCUCUCAACAAGCGAAGAGAGCAGCUUCGGAGGAGCCUCCGAUCACACAUCGGAGCAAACCCCAAAUCCUGAAGCGAGCGGCUUCGGCUGAGCCCCAGUACACGAACCAGUCGAAGCGUCAAAAGCGGCAGGAACAAGAUGACGCGGAGGAAGGAGCGAUCUCAAACCCUGCGCCUGAGACUCAUCCUGAAUCUCAACCUGAACAAAGCCCCGACGCCCACCGAGAGGGCAGCAGAGAGUCCCGAGAGGAUUCGGACGACGGAGAAGCUGAGGACCUGCCCAGGCGCCGUGCAAAGCGCAGCAAAUGGAUGAACACCGUGGACAAGUUCAGCACACACGGGAACGACACAGGCUUUCUCUCAGAUGAACUCAAGAAGAAGGGUCAUAAUUCUCGCCCACAAAUGCUACCUGACGAGCGCAAACAGCUCAUGGAGGAUUUGGCCAAAAGGACCGACACAUCUGAGCCACAAGGUCAGCCAAAAGUUGGCCUGGACUUCAUGAGCGACUUCUCUACCACCGUUGACAGCCCGAAGGAUGCUGCCACAUUCCUGGGUAUCAACUUGCAGUCGCUAGAGAUUUCUCCCAAGUCUACAUUGAGACUCAGGAUUGAUCAAGUGCAAAACAUAGCCUUCAUGGUGAAGAAGGCCGAAGGAAUGCUGAAGGGCUGUGUGAACGCCAAUGACUAUGGCACGGGAAAAACCAUUGAGGCUCUUGCCUCCAUUUUCUUCCUGGCACAGAGACAAGAAGCUUGCCCUAAUUUCGGCACGCACAAAGCAGCCCUCGUUCUUUCUACUCACCAAGCUCUUCGAGGCUGGCAGGAAGCUCACGCGACAUACUUUUCUGGACUUUUGAACUUGUGCAUCUGCAGCGACUCACUGCCACCUGAUCAGCACAGUCAGCUAAUCGAUCCACCAUCAGCAUCAGCACUCACUGAGUUCCUGGACACUCUGUCCCCCUCUGAUCCUGAAACAAGCCGUACGGUCAUUCUUUGCACCUAUGGCGAGCUCUCGAGUACGGAAUUCCUCGUCAAACGGAAGAAAGAGGAUGCCCGUCAGAAAGAGCUAUCGCUACGCGGUUCCAAACUCAAUGAUGAGGCACUGGAGGCGUUAAAGGUGGCACAAAAGCCUGGACUCUACGACCUCAACUUCAGUCCGGCGAUGAUUGGAACGCUCAUUGCUGACGAAGCACAUGAAAUCAAGCACCCGAAAUCCAGAAAGGCACAGACGGCUUACUUGCUGGACACAGAUAUUCAGUUCCUUCUCACGGCAAACCCCGUCGACAACAAAAUCUCAGAUUUUCGUGGUCUUUUGUUUGCUCUCUAUAAGUCCAACGAGUGGCAAAUCAAUUGGCCGAAGGGUGACCAACUUGAAGGCGUUCUGAGGAUGUUUGACGACGAUUUCGAUCCUUUCGAGAUCACAGACUCGGGGACCUUUGUCCCACACAAUGCGUCACCUGAGUACGUACAGGCCUUGAGAAACGGUCAACACCUGUGGCGCCUCAACCCACAUGCAUAUAGAUGGUUGGCACAUCACAUGAAAUUCGGCCCAGAGUUCGCACGCAGAAUCUUGGGCUCAAUCUACCGCCUGUGUCUUUUGCGUCGGGGCGUCGUCUCUGUCGUCACUAUGCCCAGCAGCGGGUCUUCCACCGUCUCGGGCAUUCUUGCCUUGCCGCCGGUUUCGAUCAGAACCAUCGAGGUCAGCAGGGGCCAUGAGGAGGAAGAAUACCAUGAUUUGGCAAGUAGAGGCUUCGAUCUCCUUUUCACAGGUGGUGGUGAGAACUCAACUUCUGGCGCGGCCCGGGUCAUAAACGACAAUGAGACCCCACUGGCUCCAUUCAACAAUUUCUGGGACACUUUCCUAUGCCACAUCACGGCUGACCUCGGCCUGGCUGAUGUCCGGGGAGAUUCCUGGUUUUCUGAGACACCAGCAUCCCGCGGAAAUCAACCAGACAUGAAGAAUUUGAUCCGAAACAAUACGGAUUCUGGAAUGAGCUUUUACUACAGCAUGACAAGGCGAGAGACCGAUCCUGACCAGCCUCCUGCCGAUAGAGCAUCCAUGAUCAGACAUAUCGUUCGUCGUUCCCCAAAGUUGCGAUGGUUGCUUAUCAAGCUGGAAGAGCUCAAGCUGAGAGGAGAGAAAGUCAUCGUCUACUGUGUCCAUCCUCUGACACAAUGGCUCGUGGAGGGAGUAUGCGCCAUGGCCGAGUUCAACUUCCUGUCCCAGAGGAGCAAGCCGAGGCAUGAUGACGAAACGAGAGCCGCAGUCAUUGGUGAGUUCAACAAUCCGGCAAAGCGAUAUGACUUCCUUCUGAGCACCAUGCGGGUCUUGGGACACGGCGUCGACCUCCAUACAGACUGCCACAACGUGAUCAUUUUCGAGCUUCCCGACAGCAUCCCGACCAUGCUGAGUGCCAUGGGACGGAUACGCCGUGUGGGCCAGACCAAACCGCAGGAGAUCUGGAUUCUUACCAUGAAGGAUUCCUACGAUGACCAUAUACUGUACCGGCAGUCCUCAAAACACGCCAAAUCUAUCUUGGCCUUCGGCGUGCUGGGUGAACGGCUGGACAAGUUGGCAUCGCGCGUGAACGCUCGGGUCGAGCGUCACAGGACCGGAUUACAGCGAAUGAUGCCCCGAAUCAAGAAAGAAAUCUUUUUGCAGAAGCUCGAACGGGAGAUGCCAAUAUUGGACGUCGUGAAAUUGCUUGCUGCCGGCGAGCUGCUCCGGCGGCAUCUCGGCGCACGACACAAUACCAGUCACAUCCCCUGGACGUGUCGCCAUAGGAUUCUCUUCGGAUGUCAAGAAAUGCAUCUCAACGAUUUUGCAAGGGCGAAAAUGGACUUCAAUACCGUGACCGGUAGGAUUAUCCUCCACCUGGUUGCCCAACUCCCGGCAACGGGGCAUCCAUUUGCAGGCGUGGGGCCCUUGCCCAGACGCUUGCAAGAUUGA